UCGAGUUAGGUUUUCCAUUUAUUAUUAUACAAUAUGAAUGUUGAAUUAUCCUACUUUAAAAAUCUACACGUAAUAUUUUAGGCAUUUACCUUAUUAAACAUAAUAUGACAAUAUUGACUAGACCACAUCUCUAGCUAUAUCCCCGACCGCGAUCAUGGCUACGACGACAUCACUAAUGUUUCCCCUCCUUUGUUCAAUCUUCAUUCUCGUCGCUCAACAAGCCACAGCUCAAAGCAUCUCUUGUGUUGGUGAAAAAGGUAACUACACCCUUAACAGUACUUACCAUGAUAACCUCAAUCUCCUCCUUUCAACACUUCCAAGCUCCCAAAACGACAACGGCUACGGUUUCUACAAUCUCUCUUACGGCAAUUCAUCCGAUCGAGUUUACGCAAUCGGACUCUGCCGCGGAGACACCAAGACCGACGUCUGCCGGAGCUGUCUUAAUGACUCUGCUUUUAUUCUCCCACAGCGCUGUCCCAAUCGGAAGGAGGCAGUCCUAUGGUACGACUUUUGUAUGUUGCGAUACUCUAACCGCUCCUUGUUUGGCGACAUGGAGACUAGGCCAAACGUAAUUUAUCACAACACCGAAAGCGUGCCCUCUGAUAUUGUGGAGGAAUAUAACCAAGGUAUUAGGAGCUUUUUAGAUAAUCUCAAAAGUCGAGCUGCGGCUGGUGGUUCUCUUCGAAAAUUUGCUGCAGCAAAUGCAACAGUUGCAAGAUUUGGAACCAUGUACGGACUUGUGCAGUGUACACCUGACCUGUCCCAAGUGGACUGCAGCAAUUGUUUGGAGGAUGCAUUUAAGAAUAUUCCGGGUUGUUGUGAUGGAAAUAAAGGCGGACAACUACUCGGCCCCAGUUGUAAAUUUAGAUAUGAGGAUUACCGCUUCUUUAAUUAUUCUACGGCCGCUGAUGCUCUAACACCAUCCCUACCGUCACAACCACCAACGCCAUCUCCUCUUCCGUCAUUGACGAACACCGGAAGGAAGAGUAACACAUCAGCGAGAAGAAUCAUUAUUUUUGUUGUGUCUACUGUUUUGUUUCUGGGUCUAAUCGUCUUCUCAUCGAUAUGUGUGUGUUUAAGACUGAGGAGGGCAAAGAAUUUGGCUCAAAAUGACCUCACAUACGAACCCGUUGAAGAAAUUGAAGGUGUAGAAUCCUUGCAAUACAGUUUUGAGAAUAUCAAACUUGCUACAAAUAAUUUCUCAGAGAAAAAUAAGCUUGGACAAGGCGGAUUUGGUGUUGUUUAUAAAGGUAGGCUUUGUGAUGGACGAGAUAUAGCAGUAAAAAGAUUGUCCAGUGGAUCUUCCCAAGGUGAUCUCGAAUUCAAGAAUGAAGUAAUGCUAGUUGCCAAGCUUCAACACCGCAAUCUUGUUAGGCUCAUCGGUUUCAGCUUGGAAGGAAGUGAAAAGCUUCUUAUAUAUGAGUUUGUCCAAAACGCAAGUCUUGAUCACUUCAUAUUUGAUCCAAUAAAGCGUGAAAAUUUGGAUUGGAACAAACGUUACAAAAUAAUAGAAGGUGUGGUUCGAGGACUUCUUUAUCUUCAUGAAGAUUCUCGUUUGAGAGUUAUUCACCGAGAUCUCAAAGCAAGUAACAUCUUGUUAGAUGAAGAAAUGCACCCUAAGAUUUCGGAUUUUGGAAUGGCAAGACUUUUUGUUGUUGAUCAAACUCAAGGCAAUACAAAUCGAAUAGUGGGAACAUAUGGAUACAUGGCUCCAGAAUACGCUAUGCAUGGGCGGUUUUCUAUCAAAUCUGAUGUAUUUAGUUUUGGCGUGUUACUUUUAGAAAUAAUAAGCGGACAAAAAAAUAAUUAUUUCAGUCAAGACGAGAAUUCAGAAAAUCUUCUAAGUUAUACAUGGAAAAAUUGGAGAGAAGGAAAUGCUUCAAAUAUAGUAGAUCCAUUAAUGAGAGGUGGAUCAGGAUCAGAGAUAGUGAGAUGCAUUCACAUAGGAUUAUUAUGUGUUCAAGAAAAUAUGACCGAUAGACCGACCAUGAAUGCUAUUGUUCUAAUGCUGAAUAGCAACUCUAUUUCUCUCCAAGUGCCGUCAGCGCCAGCUUUCUUCGUGCAUACCAACAGCUUUCUUCAUAAAUCAUCAAAUCAUUCAAAAGCUGAGUCUAUUAAUAUAUCUAUCAAUGACACUUCAAUUUCUGAACUCUAUCCUCGAUAAAAUAUAAUAGAUAAAAUGACAAUGGUUUGCAGGCUUAUAAAUAUUCCCUUUUUUCCUUGUUAAUCAUCCUAUGUUUUUUUUCAAGUAUUUUAAAGUGAAAUUUUAAAAAUAAAUUUGUUUGAUUAAACUAGGCCCUAUUAUAUUUAUAUAUAAUGAUGUAUAUAUUUUUGGAACAGUA